GUUUUUACAAUGAUGUUUUAAUUGUAAACGGUUUGUUUUGAAGACUAAUUAUAUUUUGCAAUUUUCAAUAAAACACGACUUCAGUCACGCAAAUCUCUUUUUUAAAAAGUUCAACGGAAUGUACACUAAUUUUAAGAAUAAAAGGGCUGAAAGAAAAAAAAGCAAUUAAAAUGUUUCGGAUAUAAUUGUUUACAGUAGCAUGAAGAAUUACACUGAUUUAUUAAAACAUUCCAUGGUAAAGUGGUAUAUAAACAAAUGUAUUUUAAGUGAAGAGCAAACAUCGAUUUAACAGAGGAUCUUAUUUAUUAAAACUGUGUUUGUUUCUCUGUUAUAUUUCGUUAAGGAUAUAAGUGAUUUUGUCUGAUACAACUUGCGUAAGUAUAAUAAUACUUGCUUAAAACGAAAUGAAUCAGAGUGUUCACGGUGACUUCGAAUAGCAGAUAUCGAAUCUCUAAAACGCGAUUACAAUGAAAUUAAAAGGCGGAGUUCUGGAAACUGUGGUAGCUCAAUUGGAAAAUGAUACUGCAGAGUCAGAAAUUUCGAUUCCUGAUGAAACAGUUGACACAAAUACGAAUAUAAAAGACAGUCUGCUUGAAAACAGUAACAACACUGACAAAUUUAUAAACGCAAACAAUGAUAAAAAUGCGAGUCGAGCUAGCUUAGAGCUUAGAAUGAAUUACCGCGAAAGAACAGAUGAACACUUAAAUAGCGUCCCAAACGGAAACGCUAACUUGCAACAAGGCGAUAGGGAAAGUAUUCAAAAUUAUACUAAAAGAUCACCUUACGCAGAUAGUGAAAAAGAACUUUUGACAAGUCAAACAGAGAUAACAUGUGCAAAAGGAGAAGAAAACGAUACAACUAAAAAUUAUCCACUAACAGUUCACACUGUCGUAGAAAACUCAAAUAGUCCUGAUCAAAAUAGACAGUUUAAAGAUGAAGACUUUCCGAAUGAUGACCUUUAUACAUCACAACAAGUUGCAUUGUUGACACGGGCAAAUUUAAAACAGCAUACAAGAAUUUUGAAAGAACAUAGCUCAAAAUAUAAAAGGACACAUGAGGAAUAUGAAAGUAAAGAAAAUGCAAAUGAUUCAGUUGAAGAUGUCACAGAAGAACGUAUACACAUUGCAAGUGAAAGUAGUGCGUCUGAAAAUAGAUCAAACGGACAAAAGGCCAAGGAAGAUCCAAUUAAAACCGUGUCCGAAAGACUAAAGCACGAUAUAGAAUACACUGGGAACUCUGAAUCAAAAUCAACGAACGGAAGUAUCACACAGUUUUCCGAAAAGGUUAUUCAGUCAUCAAGUAAAGCAUCUUUAAAAGAUAAGGUAGAUACGCCACAGCUAGACAAGCCUGAUAGUCUAGAUAUUGCUCCUUCAUUACAAUCUGGUCGUCAUCAAAACCACUCGAGCGUAAAGAAAUCCCCGCAAUCAAAUGUAAAACGCGAAGUGAAAAAGAUUCAAAAGAUAAACAUCGAUGAUAUUGAAACUUUGGUUUCAAGAGAGAAAUAUUCUAAAGCUGAAAAUAGAAAACGCACACAAAGAAAGGAACGGACUUAAAGAGUCAAAAACGUGUGCAGGAUACUAAAUUGGUAAACGAUGAUUCAGGCAGAGAGAAAGAUAUGGAGGAAAAUAUAGAUUCUGGAGGAAAGGAAACUGUUGAGAAAGUAGCUGAACAUCAUGAAGAUGAUGGCAUUGACGAAGGCCCUGAAGUUGUUCAUAAAAGACUUUUGAAGCGAGCCAGACAGCGGCGGCUUCCAAAGAGACCAAUGUAUGACGCCACGAACACAAGUACAAACAUGAUCUUACUGAAUAAUAAGUAUGGGAAGUAUUCGCGGUUAUGGAAAAAUCAAGAAAAUCAACUCGACAGGGGAAGCCUUAUCAAUCCACAGAGACAUUUAAAAGAGCCAUCAUUUUAUCUGAGCGGAAAUUUUCAUUCUCGCUGUUCUACAUCUGAGAGUUCACUACGACGUUUACCUGUGACAAACUUAAAAUUUGACUUUAGUGAUAGACCACAUUCUGACAAGAUUGGAGACCGGCUUUACGAAGCGAGGAUGUCUGUCAACCAGCAUCGGCACCGUUCCUGUCAGUGUUCGCUUCCAACUCUACCCAAACCUUUAGACUUCUCCCCGCUCACAAAACAGGAGAGAUCGAACAGAUACGUGUUUGCCUGGGAGAGACUUUAUGCCGAGCCCUUAGCACGACCUUCAACAUCUGUAAGACCAGUUUCUGAAUUGUCUGGAAAGAAAAUAGGGACACCCGCAAUUAAGAUACCACAUGCCAUGCUUGCAUUGCCGAUAAAGGAAACAAUUUAAUGUAACAUGAAAGAAAACUGACUGGACGAAACAUGAAAACAAACGCUGAAUUUUCUUGAAGUAAAAUGACGGAUUAUUGAAAUAUUAUGGACCAUAUUUUUGUCGAGCCCGCUUGCGGAAGCAGAGACAUAGUUGCCUAAAUGGCUUCCGGUGUAUGUGCGUGCAUGUGUGCGUCAGUGCGAGAUGGAAGUCAAAGGUCAUGUCAGAUCUUGUCGGGCGGACGAGCUAAACAUGUUGCCCUAGGGCAUCUAGUUUAUCAGUAAUGAUGAUAAUUCAUAAUUUUGUUCCAGGUUUUUGUCAGUUCUUAACUAGCUUUCAUUCGAUGUAGUCUUUGAUAAAUAAAUUGAUCUAAACAUUCGAAACAGUAUGACAAUGUUUUGCUGAUUAUAUGAGCCGCACAAUGAGAAAACCAACAUAGAGCAUUUGCGACCAACAUGGAUCCAGACCAGCCUGCGCAUCAGCGCAGUCUGGUCAGAAUCCAUGUUGUUCGCUAACGUGAACUGGUAUAAGCAGUGACUGCAUAUUCCAUGUUACCAUGAUCAUUCGGGAUCAGCGGAUAAGAUUCUAUAUAGUGAAGGCAGUCAAGAAAAUAAUGCAAAAAUAACAACGUCAUUUGGAAACAUAGAACGCAACAAAGCAAUAUACGGUAUUAUUUUAUGCUUAUUGGUGAAAUACUGAAAAAUAGCAGUGACAUAUAAAUUGAUAUCACUCA